GACAGCACAGAACAAAGUCACAUGGUGUGGGAGUUGGAGUGGCGAGCGAGCUGACACACGGAUGGCUGCGAAGAUGGAGGUCAGGAUAAACUGGCUGGUGGUUCUGUGCGGCUGCCUGUGUCUGGCCCUGACCGGAGCAUCUGAGACGGAGCGGCGCCUCCUCCAGAAGCUCUUCACAGACUACAACCUGAAGGUGCGCCCGGUCAUCAGCUGGGAGGAGAAAGUGAUGGUGCGGGUGGGGAUGACCCUGUCUCAGCUGGUCAGCCUGAAUGAGAAAAAUAGCGAGAUGACAACCAACGUCUUCAUGAAUCUGGUAGUCCAAUGAAAACAUUGAUCUUCCUCUCUCUCUCUCUCUCUCUCUCUCUCUCUCUCUCUCUCUCUCUCUCUCUCUCUCUCUCUCUCUCUCUC